AUGGGACUCACCAAGACUUACAAGGAUGGCACGACGCCAACCGUCUGUAUCAUCGGUGCUGGGUUCUCGGGUAUGUGCGCCGCCAUUCGUCUUCAGACCCAGCUGAACCUCAAGACAUACACCAUUUUCGAGCUGGACCCCGAACUUGGAGGUACUUGGUGGUCUAACACCUACCCUGGGUGUGCCUGUGAUGUCCAAUCCAUCAUCUACCAGUUCUCGUUCGAGCCCAACUAUGAAUGGACCAAGAAAUUUGCGGGACAGCAGGAAAUUUGGGAGUACCAACGCCGGGUCGCCAAAAAGUACAACCUCUACGAAAAGAUACGUUUCAGCACGGAGAUCACCCAUAUUGAAUGGCAUGAGAGCCUGCAGCAAUGGGUCCUUGACUGGACAAGCCGCCUUACUGGAGAGACUGGACAGAUGCAGGCCGACGUUGUCAUUUCUGGAACAGGACCCCUUCGCCUCCCUCAGAUUCCCAAGCAGUUUGAUGACUUUGAGGGACCCAAGUGGCACACCUCCCAGUGGAACCAUGACUUUGACCUCGCCAACAAGCGUAUCGCUGUUAUUGGCAGCGGAACCAGCGCGAUCCAAGUAGUUCCUGCGAUUGUCGGCAAGGUCAAGAAACUCGAGUUCUAUCAAAGGUCGGCGACAUGGGUCAUCCCCCGCGGUAACCCCAAAAUCACGGCACUCUGGAAGUUCCUCUUCAAAUAUAUCCCCUUUGUCCACUUCAUCUUCUUCAAGCUGGCCUACUGGAAUAGGGAAGCCACCCUCCGCAUCUUCAGCACAAAGUGGCGAGACAUGUUUUCCCGGCGCUUCACCAUGUUCGUCGCUUGGGCCCAUCGGUACUGGCAGGUUCGUGACAAGCAACUCCGUAAGAAAUUGACGCCCGACUACGCCCUAGGAUGUCGUCGUGUCGCCGUCUCAUCGGACUACUAUCCGGCCUUGUCUAAGAAGAACGUCAGCGUUCACACGGCGGUCAUCGUGGAUGUUAAGGGCAAGACUUUGACAUUGAAUGACGGGUCUAAGCAGGAGGUGGAUGCUCUGGUUUUGGCAACUGGAUUCCGUGUUCAGGAUUUCGUUGCUGAGGGGUUCGUGAUUGGCAAGGACAAGUGCGACCUCUCCAAGGCUUGGGGCCAAGCGCCCAAGACCUACUAUGGAAUCGCCACUCCCGAAGCCCCCAACAUGUUCUUCAUUCUGGGACCCAACUCCGUGCUUGGGCACAACUCGGUCCUGUUCAUGAUCGAGACGGCUUGCGACUAUGCAGUCAUGGCAAUCUCGCACAUGAUGGACAAGAACCUCUCUUCCAUCCAAGUCACUCCCAAGGCCUGCAAGGACUUUGGUGAUGAGGUCAAGGAAAAGAUGAAAGGCAUGGUCUGGUCCACAAAGUGUACGUCUUGGUACAAGAAUGAUCAGGACGAGAUCACGGCGCUUUGGUGGAGCUCCUGCACGCACUACUGGUGGAGACUGCGAAAGUUCAGACCCCAGCACUUUUCUGCUGUCCAGCGGUCCAAGUCUGCUGCCGUCCAUAUGUGA